AUGGCACAUACUCCUGUACUAUCAACGAUUAAUGACUACAAUUCAGCUACAGUAACACCAAUAAACGUUUCAAUGAUACAAGAGACUAUCUCCGAUGAUAUAAUAGACAAACGAAAGACUACAGAAGAAUUGUCUACAGAAAUAUUGAUUAAAAGUGAAAAUGACACAACAGCAUCACACUGGAUUAAAGAUCAGAAUAAUAACAAUAAUCAGACUCAAUAUGAGCAAAAACAACAGCAAGAAGUAGAAAGAUUUAAUCAUGAAAUUCAAGAUGAUGAUGAUGAACUUGAUGAAAAAAAACUACAUAUAACAUCUACUACUGAUGAACAACAACUACAAGUGGACAACGACAGUAACACAAACAAUAAAAAUCGCUUUUGUUCAUCGUCAAUUAAUCAAUUAGGCGGUGAGUUCAUCAAUGGAAGGCCAUUACCAAGUGACACACGUGAAAAGAUCGUAAAAUUAGCUGAACAGGGUGUAAGACCUUGUGAAAUAAGCCGUCAGUUAUCGGUUAGUCACGGAUGUGUUUCAAAAAUCUUAAAGAGAUUCCGUUUAUUCGGUACCACAGCACCGGGUCUUAUUGGUGGUUCGAAACCUAAAGUAGCUACGCCCGAAGUUGUUCGUCGCAUAAGAGAAUAUAAACUGAAUAAUCCUCAAAUAUUUGCAUGGCAAAUAAGGGAAAGUUUACAAAAAGAAGGCAUCUGUUCUACUGAAAAAUUGCCAAGCGUCUCUUCCAUUAAUCGAAUUGUACGUUCGAAUCGUCGAAUUGUGGUUAAUCCAGAUGGAACGAUUAAUGAAGUCGAUUCUGAUUUUGAUUUGUAUGAUAGUGAUGAUGAAAAUUCAGCGAAAUCUGAGCGUGCUAAUGCUUCGUCGCCAUCAUCAGGAUCUGUUGGUUCAUCGCCACGUGCGGGAAAUAUUCGGCAUCGGGGAGAUUGCCGCUGUGAUUCUUGUGUGAAAAAAUACAAAUUUUCACCCUGCAACAAUAAGUCAACAAACGGAGAAAUUGUUGAUGGAAUUCACGCAAGUGAAUUGGAGAAUGAUAACAAAUCACCAUAUAAUCAUCAAUUGUUAGAUGAAUCAAAUUUGAACAGUAUCGAUCUAGACUUUUAUUCAACAACGAAUAAAAUAUUUGAGAAUGAGCCUGGUGAAUUAAACUUAAAAGCGCCACCACCAGCUCACUGUCGUACAAAACUUUCUUCUAUAUUCACAUCUUCUCACGAUCAUCCACUUGAUUUAUCUAUCACAACAACAAAUCACAAUCACAAACAAAGGAAAAAACAAUUGAAACAUAAUCCUCUUUCUGAUACAUUUCAAAAUGAACCAUUAAACCUUUGCUCGGAAAGUAAAAAACGACCAACAAACGAUAUCAUUUCGUCACCAUCGUCAAAACGUAGUUCAACAAACAUUCCAAAUAAUCUCACAGAUAAAUUACAAACGCAUUUAUUAUCGGACAACAUCUCUUUACACCAACAACAACAGCAGCCGCCAGCAACAUCACUCCCAACUUUCUUGCACAGUGUAUUUGCUCAAAAUUCGUCACAUCCAGUGUUUUUACCGUUCUGGAAUCCACUUCUCGAUGCUCAACAACAUCAACAAUUAUUCCAACAAUUACAACAACACUAUUCUCAGCAUCAUCAUCAGAAAGAUGAACAUCUAUUUGAAGAUGAACGUAUUCAUAUUUGUCUAAAUUUCAAAAAAGUUUAUUUCUUUUUUAUUCAUUCGUUAUCAUUAGAAGCGGUUCAUGAUAUGGAAACUACUCAUUCUCUCAGUUUAUCAUCACAUCCUACUAUGCUUCACAUAAAUACAAUUCAAAAUUCAAAAAAGCGUUCAACACGAGAAAUACUAUCGACGGCUGAAGUAAACAAUAUGAAUAAAUGGUCAUCACAACAAAAUGUCAUUAAUUUACAACAAUCAGCGGAAAAUUAUUUUCUCAAUGAGCAUAUAUUUAGUGAUUUAACGAUAACAGUGAAUGGUGGACGAGUCUUCGUAGAUAAAUCACUUUUAGCGGCUGCAUCACCCAUUCUACAAAACCAUUUUCAAGAAAAUCCAUCAGUAACAAAUAUUGAUUUAAUAGAUAUUCAUCUCGACCAAAUGUUAGUUUUAUUGAAAUUUCUCUAUCCACAAUUUGACUGUACCUUAACACGAGAAAAUGUUAGUUUUCUUGUUGAAAUGAGUGAGCGAUUUAAAUUAAAUAUUCUUCACAUAAUGUGUCGAAAUUUUAUAAUAUAUUAUCUAUCAAAAGUUCGUGGAGUUAAUGACGAUAAAUAUCUAAACAAGAAAAACUAUCGGCAAGGUACACAAGUAAAUGCUCAACGUGAAACUGGACUUUUUCUAUCGUGGCUAUGUGUUUACUUUGAUUCGGAUAAUAUGCGAAUAAUCGAGCCAUUAAUGAAUGUCAUUAAACAAUGUAGUAUUGAGUGUUUAAAAACAACAAUCGAUUUAAAUGGUUCAGUUAGCUGGAAAAUGCAAGCGGCAAUUUACAAGGCUCGUGCGCAAUAUUUAGAGCGAACAUUUAUUUAA